AUGGCACUCCUCCCCCGAAACUGCCUCGUCACCGUCGGCGCAACCGUUGGCUUUCGAGACCUCACAGACGCCGUGCUCGAGCCCUCAUUCUGGGCAUACCUCUCCGCCAAGGGCUUCACCAGCCUGCGGAUCCAGUGCGGUCCCGACGUCGGGUGGGCGGAGGGGAAGCUGUCCUCGCGCCUGCAUCUCGUCCCGUCGGGAAUGACGGUCGAGGUAUUCGGUCUCAGUCGGAAUCUGUUCGGGGAGGAGAUGAUGGCGUGUCGACAGAGCUCAGAACGCCAGAUGGGGCUGGUGAUCUCCCACACCGGCACCGGGACCAUCCUCGACGCCUGGAAACUAGGUCUUCCGCUCAUCGUCGUUCCUAAUACCAGUCUCAUGGACGAUCACCAGACUGAGUUGGCAGAGCACCUCUCUGACGAGGGCUACACCAUAAAGAGUACGACGCAGCGCCACCACCUCCAAGAAGCCAUCGAUAAGGCGGAUCUGCUCUCGGAGGAGAACCGGACGCGAUGGCCGUCUCACGACCCCUUUGCCGGUAAGACCAACGAGACCAGAGCCGAGACCAGCAUAGGAAGCAUCUGGGGUAUCGGCCCCGCUCAAACGGAGCAGGCGUCCCGGAUGACGCAUGACUAG